GAUCAUGGUUCACAAGCACAUCAACUUUUUCAUGUCAUUUUCACUAUCCAUAAUCAUCAUCUUCUGUUCAUUCUUUGUAUCAACUCAAGCAGCCGAGGUGUCGCUCAGCCGCGACAUCAAUGGGUGGUGUCAAACAACCCCUCAUCCGGGUCAUUGCAUGCAUUACCUAACCGGUGACAAGCAUCGUGUGCUGGCACGCAAAAAAGAUUUUCGAAUCUUGGCGUUGGAAGCGGCGUUGGGUCAGUCACAUUACACUCAACAAUGUGCUAUCAAUCUCGAUAAAACUGGCCGGAGCAAACGAAAGAAAUCAGUCUCUAAAGACUGUUGCAAGCUGGUAAACACCACCAUUGUUCAACUAAACGAAACCUUAACCGGGCUCAAAACGCGUAAAAUCUCCGACUUCGUUGCUCAGACAUGGCUCAGCUCCGCACUGACCAAUCUCCAAGUCUGUUUCUCCGGCUCAAGCGAGCUGAAUUUAACCGACUUUGUGUCGCCCAUCAAGACGAGUAACUUAACCGAGAUGAUAAGCAAUACUUUGGCUAUCAAUGAUCAGUUUUUCUUGAAAAACACACAAGUUUCUGAUCAUAAUGAGGAGUUUCCGAUAUGGGUCACGAAGAAAGAUCGAAAACUGAUGGUGUCUGAGUCGGUUUACUCUAAGGCGAAUGUGACUGUAUCGCAGGCGAAAGGGAGCAGGUUUAGGACGAUACAAUCGGCUCUUGAUUACGCGGCGAGUAUUAACCGAGGGGAUGGAAGGUUUAUUAUAUAUAUUAAACGAGGUGUGUAUCGAGAGAACGUUGAGAUCGGAUAUGAUCUUAAAAACAUCAUGUUUCUAGGGGACGGAUUGCGCUACACGAUUAUUACCGGUAAUCGGAGUGUCGCCGGAGGUUUCACUACCUAUAGCACCGCCACCGUUGGUGUGGAUGGGACUGGAUUCAUAGCACGUGGCAUAACUUUCCGGAACACCGCGGGCCCGGAAAAGGCUCAAGCCGUGGCGCUUCGGUCUGCAUCCGAUCUAUCGGUCUUUUAUGCUUGUAGCUUUGAAGGCUACCAAGACACGCUCUUCGCUCUAUCUCAACGGCAAUUUUAUAAACUUUGUUAUGUUUAUGGAACCAUUGACUUCAUAUUUGGUAAUGCCGCGGUUGUGUUUCAAAAUUGCAUGAUUUUAGCAAGAAGACCGCUUACAGGACAAGCGAAUAUGAUAACGGCUCAGGGUCGUGGUGAUCCAUUUCAAAACACGGGGAUAUCAAUUCAUAAUUCCCGUGUGAUGGCUGCACCGGAUUUAAAGCCUGUGGUGGGGUCGGUCCGUACCUAUUUGGGCCGACCCUGGCAAGAGUAUUCAAGGACCGUUUACAUGAAAACGUACAUUGAUACUCAUGUCAGUCCACAAGGAUGGUCACCAUGGGGGAACACUGACUUCGCGUUUAACACAUUGUAUUUUGGGGAAUAUGGAUGCUUUGGGCCUGGUUCAGCAAUCCAAAACCGGGUCACAUGGCCCGGAUACCAUGUUAUAAAGAGCCCAAGUGAAGCAUUACCUUUCACGGUGGAAAGGCUUAUAACGGGCCGGGCUUGGCUGCGGGCUACUGGAGUUCCAUUCAUUGCAGGGUUGUAAGGGCAUUUCUGAUUAGUUUUUGUUAUAUAUUUACGUGUGUACAUUACAUGAUAUUAUUUGAUUUAUAAAAAUUAUUUGAUUUAUAAAAUGAAAAAUUGCAUACAAAACUUUUUAAUUG